GAAAAAUCCGCGGUCACACUGGACAGCAGGGCCGCAACAACAAAAUCGACGAGAAAACAAAAAUUUUACGAUGGGCAACGCUGUGAAUCACUAUCUGAGGCCAGAUGUGACACCCGGUCCGGAUGUGGUGCCUUCAUUCGAUCCCAUGUUGGGAUUUAAUUCUCGCAAGGAGCGUGUCAUGAUCGCCACUAAGGAGGAGAUGGAAUCGGUUAAGCUGCCGCUCGAGGACCGUGACUAUUGUGCCCACAAGCUGAUCGCCUACCAGGCCUGCCGCUCGGACAAGUUCCCCUUUGUCUAUCAGUGCGCGCAUGAGAAGCACGAAUACUUGACCUGCGAAUACGAGGACUAUGUGCUGCGCAUGAAGGAGUUUGAGCGCGAGCGUCGCCUGCUGGAGCGCCAGAAGCGCCUGGACAAGGCGGCCUAGGCUCUGGCUCUGGGCUUGGUCUUGCUGUUAUUCCUUCCCCCAACACACACAUACACAAACCACAAACAGAAACCCGGGCCACUAAGCUUCUGCGUGCGGAGUGCAAGAUAAAACGAUGAUGCUGCAGCUGCCACUGCAAACACUGCCCGUUGCAGGCGAGCGUUCCGUUUCCUGAGGGAAAUGUCGAUAAUAAACACCAAUGCUAGUAAUAA